GGCCAAAUACCUGAGCCUUAUCUUUAUGAAAUCCCAGAACCAGGUGAGCACUUUGAAUAUGUUGUAGUUGAUCAUUGUGACAAGAAAACAACAAGUGCUAAAGGGGAUUUUAUGGAAUACCUGGACGUAGUAAAGAGAUUCAACAAAAAAAUCGAUCUAGCUAUCAUCUGA